AUAAAAUCACGACGCAAGCUUCUUGCGAGUGUCACUCUCCUCUCCUCUCCUCUCCUUCUCAGAAGAUGUCUUCACGCUGUCAUCCAAAUUGCCAACGUGCAGCUGCUGCCAAAGAAGAGGAUGAUUCUGCUGAGAGAGCUGCUACGGUAGCAGCUAAUCUGAUCAGCACUGCGCGAGUGAUCCUCAAGCUGGACCGUGAGUUUACUGAGUACUCAGCUCAGUUCUUGGUGGACAACGCUCUCGUCGAGAAGGUGCCAAGUCAAGGUCCACAACGCUCCACGUGUAAGGUCGAGGACUGUCUUGAGUAUCUGGUGAACAUGGCUUCUCCCAAGACCGAGGCCGAGCUUAGAGAGAUGGAGAAACAACAGCAGCGACGCUCCAAGAUAACUGUCAAGGACUGCCUCGAGUGCGCAUUCAAGGAAGGGAUACCGAGAUAUGAGCAUUGGGCUCAUUUGGGAUGUGUGUCCCCUGUUCCUCCUUUUGCUUCUCUCAUACCUCGAGUUCCCGUGAAAGGAGAAGUGAUUGAGGCUAAGGAACUGAAAGACGCGUUUGAGUUGUUAGAACAUGGACCUGUAGGAGCAAAGCUGCAUGUCUUCAGUCCUGAGAUUGAUCUUGUUGGAGAAAAUGGAGUUUACCGUGGCCCGUCAAGUAACGGAACAAGCUACGUGGGACUUAGAGACGUGAUCCUAGUAGCAGCGGAGAAGAUCAAAGGAGAAGCAGUUGGGACUGUGAAGAUUCGCUACAAGAAGAAAACUUCGUUCAUGAAUGUGUCUUUGAGUCAAAUGUUCACCAGACUAGCGCAGAGUGGCGACGAGUCUCAGACCAUUGAGCCCACGGGUCUUCUUGUGGACUUCAUCGUCCUUCGCUUGUCCCAGUGAAAACAAGAUCGUGGUGAGUAUCUUAAGUAAACAGGAUGUUGAAUGAUCUUGUUAAGUAAGUGUCUAGUGAACAAUGGUAUGUAAUAAGUGAAGUAAUCAUGAAAACCUUAUGCUAGUAGUUGUUGUGUGACUUUUGUUUGUAGUCCUGAUCGGUUAAAGCUUUGUUCUAGGAGACUCGUAUCUACCAGUAAAGAUGUU